GUGGCGCCGCUGGGGUGCGCGCCGCGCGUCAUGUGGGAGGCGGGCGGCGGGCGAGGGUGCGUGGAGGAGGCGAACGAGCUGAUCGAGGGGUACAACGCCAGGCUCGCGGCGAGGCUGGACGACCUGCGGCCGCAGCUGCCUGGCGCCGACGUCGUGUUCUGCGACGUGUACAAGGGGAUGAUGGAGAUCAUUUCCAAUCCCCGCAGAUACGGGUUGGAUGAGACGUGGGAGGCGUGCUGCGGGGUGGGCCCGUUCAAGGCGACGGUGGGUUGCCUGAGCAAGGAGAUGGCGUGCGGCGCGCCGGAGCGGCGCGUGUGGUGGGAUCUCUACACCCCCACGGACGCCGUGGCCGCCCUCGUCGCCAACUGGUCCUGGAGCUCGCCGCCGCCGGCGACUGGUUCGGGCUCCGGCGACUCCGACGUGAUGACGAUGAUGAGCAUCUGCAGUCCCAUGUCUCUGCAGCAGCUGGCAGCUGGAAGCUAAGCUAAGUGGCGUCAACAAUGUGUGACGCCCCUCCGGCUGCUAUGAUUCCAUUCUUUUCUUGUGUACGACGCCUGCAUGUAGCUCCAUUAAUUGUCAACCACAGCUGAAGAUGGGGGCGCUCUCACGAAGUUGCUUUCUUCGUUGUGGCGGUAGCUUUCAUAUGUCAAGAGAGAAAGCGGGACACACACACGUAUCAAUCAGCAAAAGAAUAAGAGGAUCAGGAGGAGGCUCCGUGCAUCUCGGCGCACUAUCUAAUUAACAUGCAUUGUUGAGGGGAGACCCGCGACGGAAUAUAAUUGAGCUAAUUAUCAAAGUAUCUAAUUAUCAAAGAAGCUACAUGGCAACACGCAGAGAAUUCAGCGUAGCUCAGCUUUGGUAGGCAAUCUGCCCGUUGAUAGCUGACUUCUUUAGGAUGAGCCAGCUCGAUCAGUCACUCGAAAUUGAUUAUAGAGGUAGAAUUACGUGCAUAUAUUUAUAGGUCUAUAACAUGUUUCGGAAAAAAAUAUAUUGUAUCAUUAUAUAUCAUCAUCAUCAUCAGUGUCUGCCAAGAAUCAUGCAAAAAACAUCAACUACCGCACUCCCAUGAAUUGGCAGACAAGGUGUCGUACAUGCAUGAGCCCAUCAGAAGAUUUGGACAGUCCUAAAUAUAGGACUGGACACCGAGACGUAUCUGACAUGAAGACCAC